GAAGCCUUGGGUUCAAUGCUAAAGUAGUUGUUAAGUGGGAAUUGGAAUAAACAGUUCGUCAGCUUAUUACAGGUAAAAGGCUCGAGCUUAUUCACAUGAUCACAUGAUCAAUCUCAUCUAUAGUACUGCUGCUCAUGUGCAACUCUCAAUUAGUGUAGGUGUCUUUGAUUUACUUCAUGGAGAAGAGACAUCUGGCUCCCGUCAUGCAGUUCCAAUGUGAAUGCAUGGCACAAUCCCAACAAACACACAUUUCCACGAAUUUGUUAUCAUCAGUCACUUUGUGAGGACGCAUGAAGUUUGUGGCUACUUUACACGUCUCGUGAACCGACAUGGACCCCAACAAUACCUAUUAGCAUUUCUACCACAAUAAAGGAACAAACUCAAUAAAUGUAGUGAACAAGAACCAGGAAAGGAAACCGGGGGCAUAGCUCACUUUAUCGGCAUCUCGAUCACAUCUUCUAGUUUUCUUCUUUUUGAGCUGUUUGGUGAUAGGAAUUGAACAUUUAUUACUGCCUCUAGUUGCAGUUGGCUGGUUUUUGCAUGAAUGACAUAAAGAGGCUUUGUGGGUCAGGUUAUAAGAAUUGAUGAGCUGAAAUUAUACCACAAGCUGACCGCUAGAAGAAAACAAAUAAUCCAAUUCACAGAGAGUAUAUUUGCAAUAGGUCUCAGCAUUUCUUAUAUUAAACCCAACUCGUAGCUCCUUUCUCACUGUCCAUAGAGUUUCUUGAGGGUAAUUAGAAGCUGAGACAUAUAAUGUCUUGGUUUUUAGUAGUACUCUUUCUCACUAUAGCAUUUAAUAGUCCUUCAGAGGCUAGGCAUGAGAAGAAGCUCCCAUCUGCAAUUGUUGUUGGGACUGUCUACUGUGACACAUGUUUCCAAGAGGAUUUCUCAAAGACCAGCCACUUCAUUUCAGGUGCAUCUGUUGCUGUGGAAUGCAAACCUGGGACUUCAAAACCAAGUUUUCGGAAAGAAGUGAAAACAGAUAAGAAUGGAGAAUUCAAAGUCCAUUUGCCAUUCUCAGUAAGCAAACAUGUCGAAAGAAUUGAAGGAUGUGCUGUUAAAUUGGUCAGCAGCAGCGAGCCGCACUGUGCUGUGGCCUCAACAGCAACAUCAUCUUCGCUCCAUCUCAAGUCUAGAAACCAAGGGACUCACAUAUUCUCUGCUGGGUUUUUCACCUUCAAGCCUCUAAAUCAGCCAAACCUGUGUAACCAAAAACCAAGCAUUCAAAAUUCCAAGGAGCUCAGUAGCAAGAAAGUCUCACUUCCUCCAACUGAUGGCUUAGCAUUUACACCUCCAAUUCAAGACCCAACAGUCCCAGAUCUUCCCCCCACAGGUCGUAACUAUCUUCCCCCUCUUCCUAGACUGCCCGAGCUUCCACCAUUGCCACAACUCCCUCCUCUUCCAGGACUUCCAUUACCACCUAUUCCAGGACUUCCAUUGCCACCUAUUCCUGGAAAGACUGCGAAAUCAAAACCUGCCGAGUCCUUAAAGACAACUCAGUCACAGGAUCAGAAGGCAGCUCAACCGGACUCCUUCUUUCCACCACUUUUUCCACCACUUUUUCCACCAAACCCUUUGCAGCCACCUCCUCUUAUCCCCAAUCCAUUCCAGCCACCUCCUCUCAUCCCCAACCCAUUCCAGCCACCACCACUUCUCCCUAAUCCAUUUCAACCUCCACCAGCACCAUUGAUUCCUAUUCCACCAAUACCAGGCUUUACUCCACCUCCACCAGCACCAGUGAUUCCUCUUCCACCAAUACCAGGUCUUACUCCAUCACCAUCUCCACCAGCACCAUUGAUUCCUUUUCCACCAAUACCAGGUUUUACACCAUCAUCACCUCCACCUCCUCCACCAUCUCUGCCGUUCCCUUUCCCCCCACUUAUUCCAUUCCCUCCAGUCCCACCUUCCCCUCGCAUUCCUCCUGCUGCUUCUUCUUCAAGGCCAACUCAUCCUUGACUAAUCACAAUCUAUCCAUCAAAAGUAUUCAAAUCACACCUUUCACAUAUUGGUAAACUUCUUUUUAUGUAGAAUAAUAUAAUAUGUUUGUGACACUGCCAGAACAAUUUAGUAGGACGUUUGUUCAGCACGUAUCGAUCAUAUAGAUGUAUAUGUUUUUUCUUCUCAGCCAUGCAUGUAGUGUGCUAUUCAUGUUAGUGACUAGGGAGGGAUACUAAAUUAUUGUACUAUUGGAAUAAAGAUAAGUUUUUAGUCA